AUGCCGCCCGCGCCCGCAUUUCGCGGCGGCCCGUGGGCCUCGAGCUCCGGCGGCAAGCGCGGCACCGCUUCAAAGGUGCAUCAAGGCGGCAAGGGCAAGACUGUGUUGCAGAACGCGGGGACCGGUGCAAAGAGACACCGAAAAAUCAUGAAGGAUUGUAUCCGGGGUAUUACUAAGCCUGCUAUUCGUCGUCUGGCUCGUCGUGGCGGCGUCAAGCGGAUUUCCGCCAUGAUCUACGACGACGCUCGUGAGGCCCUGAAGACCUAUCUCGAGUCUGUCCUAAGAGACUGCGUGACAUAUGCGGAGCAUCGCAAGGCGAAGACUAUCACUAUUCACGAUGUCUUGCAUGCCCUGGCCCGCAAAGGCAAGCCUAUCUACGGCUUCGACCCCGAUACCUUUGUCGACCCGAAGUCGCGCAAGGCAAAGGCAGCAGCUAUCAAGGACUGA